UGUGCCGCCCCGUCCUUGCGCUGCUGCUUCGACAAGUCCGCCCAAGUGGAGUCACUCGUCACGCCCACCCCUCCCCAUUCCGACGCAGCGCCGUUGCGCCCGCAGCCACGCAGGCGCAGGCCGCUCGCGCUCGCCCCCUCCCGGUCCCGGCCUCGCCUUUGCGUCCCCGCCCCUCCACAUCACACCACUCGCCGCCGCCGCCGCCGGCGAUCGCGGGCGGUCGCCGCCCGCCGCGACCGGCAGAGGCCGUAUAGAGGCGCCGCUAUAUUGCUUACUCUCUGGCUGGCUAUGCAAUCUACUUAUGACUCCAGUUUCCUGAGAUUCUGUCUGCAUUUUGCCCCUGGUCAGUGAGAUUCUGUAAUACCUGUUCCCCUGACUGCAAAAUAAGAAAUUAUGCGACUUUCAUCUUCUCUUCAAGAUCUGCCGACCUUCACUAGAAUUGAUGCUUUAGAAAGGGGCUCUAGCAUUGGCAGUGAUCUGAGCUCAGGGCGUGCAAAGCCUGUACGCACGCUUCAAAGAGAUGGUCCGGUGGCAAGCUUUUCAAAAGAAAGAACACCCCCAUCAUCACCGACAAAUCGAAAGAAAUGCAUGAGAGCAGCCGGUUGCGCUAUUGCGCUGAUCUUGUUGGUGUUCUUCGCAUAUGCUUCUUGGAGAUAUUUCCAUUUAUUCCUCUCUCAAGGAAACUCUGAAUACUAUGUGGUUCUUGAUUGUGGCAGCACAGGUACAAGAGUGUAUGUCUAUGAAUGGCACAUCAAUCAUAAUGAUGCAAAUGGAUUUCCUAUUGUUUUGAAACCUUUAGGGAAUGCUCCUAAGAAGAAAUCUGGUAAAUUAACUCGACUGUACCAGCGAAUGGAGACUGAACCUGGAUUGAGCAAACUUGUUCACAAUGAAGCUGGAUUGAAGAAGGCACUAGAGCCCCUCCUUCAAAUGGCUGAGAAGCAGAUCCCCAGACGAGCACACAAACACACUCCACUUUUUUUAUAUGCUACAGCUGGCGUCCGCAAGCUACCUAGUGCAGACUCAGAGUGGCUCCUGGAUAAGGCCUGGGAUGUUCUGAAGAAUUCAUCAUUUUUAUGUAGUAGAGACAGGGUUAAGAUCAUCACUGGCAUGGACGAAGCUUAUUAUGGAUGGAUAGCUCUUAAUCAUCACAUGAACAUGCUUGGCACCUCAUCAUCUAAAAUGACGUAUGGUUCACUUGAUUUAGGUGGAUCAUCAUUACAGGUUACAUUUGAGACUGAUAAAACAGUACAGGAUGAGACAAGCAUUAGUCUGAGGAUUGGUUCUGUCGAUCAUCAUCUUAGUGCUUAUUCUCUUACUGGUUAUGGAUUAAAUGAUGCAUUUGACAAAUCCGUAGCACAUCUAGUGAAAAAGUUGGGAGGAGUAGCUAAUAAUGGCAAAGUUCAAGUCAAACACCCUUGUUUACAGACUGGAUACAAAGAAGAUUAUGUUUGUUCUUACUGCCACCCUCUAAAACAAGAUGGAAGUCCCAGAGUUGGUGAGAAGACAACUGGCAAAGAGAAGCAGGGAGUAGCUGUUGAACUUGUUGGAGCACCUCAGUGGAAUGAAUGCAGUGCUCUUGCAAAAGUAACAGUUAAUCUUUCAGAGUGGUCCAGUGCAAGUCCAGGACUUGAUUGUAACCUUCAUCCUUGUGCUCUUGCUUCUAACUUUCCCCAACCACAUGGGAAGUUUUUUGCUAUGUCUGGCUUCUUUGUGGUUUUUAAAUUUUUUAAUUUGACUGCUGAUGCCACUCUGGUUGAUGUUCUAAAAAGAGGUCAGGAAUUUUGUGAAAAACCAUGGAAAGUUGCAAAGAGUAGUGUUCCUCCACAGCCGUUUAUAGACCAGUACUGCUUCAGGGCUCCUUAUAUUGCAUCGCUACUGAGAGAGGGGUUGCAGAUUAAAGAUAAUCAGGUGAUAAUUGGCUCUGGCAGUAUUACUUGGACUCUUGGGGUUGCUUUGUUGGAAGCUGGUCAGGCAUUGUCUACACGAAUCGAUAUUCAAGGAUACAGAAUACUGCACCGGGAGAUAAACCCAAAUAUUCUCAUAGUAUUGUUUCUGAUUUCGAUUGUGUUGGUCAUAUGUGCCAUAUUAUGUGUCAGCAAUUCAAUCCCAAGAUCAUUCCGCAAGUCUUAUCUGCCAGUUUAUAGGCAGAAUUCUGCAGGAAGUUCUGUUCUUGGUAUGGGGCCGCCUUUCAGAUUUCAGUUAUGGAGUCCUAUCAACUCAGGUGAUGGAAGAACAAAGACACCCCUGAGCCCUACUGUAGCUGGGUCAGAUCCCAGUCCGUUCAGUAUGAGCCAUGGAUUAGGAGGCAGUAGCGUUCAGCUUAUGGAGUCCUCUAGACAAUCCUUGGGUGUCUAUCACAGCUAUUCUGUUGGAAGCUUAGGUCAGAUGCAGUUUUCCAGUGGAGUGAGGAACCCUAGCCGAGGUCAGACUACACUUCAAAGCCGGCGGUCACAAUCAAGAGAAGAUCUCAGUUCCACAUUAGCUGAUAUUCAUGUUCCAAAGGUGUAGCAUUUGCAUUACAGAAUGACAUGACUAGAAUGAGAUCCUAUAUGCCAUAACAAACUCUGUAAAUAAUAGCUCCAGAGUUCAGACUGCUUGAUUUCUUCUCUAAUCAGAAGUCAAUUUUGUUGGUGCACUGACACUUCAGUGAGGUUUAGGAUUCAUAUAAAUGUUAAACUUAUGACUUGGUGGCUAUCCUGGACAUCAUACAUCCAUUCACCCUCCCAUUGUUUGUGCUAGAGAACAUACCAUAAAGGUGAAGUUUUAGUAUUAUACCAGAAGAUAUAUUUAUGCUGUUCACGGGACUGGUUGGCCAUGAACUGGAACCUGCAAGUAUGUAGAUCAAUUCUUCUGCAAUCAGGCGUGACAAUACUUCUUCAAAUGUUUUUUCAUCUGAAACAUAAUAAAGAUGCAUGUAGCAGCAUGUAUUGUUGUUGUGCCCUCAUGUAGCCUUGUUGUGACUUGUGAGACUUCUCUUAUCUCUUGGAACACCAUUUGGUGUGCCACCUUGUGAUAUCAAAACAAAAAAUUGAAAUCAUGAAUCAGUAACUUCAGUCCUACCU